AUGGACAUCAGAAUUUUCCACUGGUUCUCCUCUCUGAUUGCAAAUGGUGUGUUAGGUGAUGAAGUGAAGUCAGUGUUAGUGACAGAGGGACAUUCUGUUACUCUACACACUGAUGUCAUCAGACAGAGAGAUGAUCUGAUAAAGUGGUAUUAUGGAUCUAAAAACACAUUUGUUGCCAGAUUCAAUGGAAAGGCCGACAGCAUCAUGUAUUCAGAUGAUGAGAGAUUCAGAGACAGAGUGCUGAUGAACGAUCAGACUGGAGAUCUCAACAUCACACACAUCACAUCUCAACACUCUGGACUUUAUACACUGAAGAUCAGCAGAAACAUGAAACCCUUAUACAAGAAAUUCAACAUAACUGUGUAUGCUGGUCUGUCUGUUCCUGUCAUCUCCAGAGUCUCUUCUCAAUGUUCUUCAUCAUCUUCAUCAUCAUGUUGUUGUGUGUUGUGUUCAGUGAUGAAUGUGUCACAUGAUGUGAGUGUCUCCUGGUACAAAGGAAAGAGUUUAUUGUCCAGCAUCAGUGUGUCUGAUCUCAACAUCAGACUCUCUCUACCUCUGGAGGUGGAAUAUCAGGAUACAAACACAUACAGAUGUGUGGUCAACAAUCCCAUCACAAACCUCACACAACAUCUACACAUCACUAAACUCUGUCACAUGUCUUCAUGUGAGUCUUGA